UUUUGCCGACACUUACGUUCGAAACGUCGAACAGUGAAACAGUAAAAGACCAAACACCGAACAGAGAGGUUCGCCCGAUCGGUAGCGCUAUACCACAAAUCCCAGUGCGCAGUGCGCCAAGCUAAAGACCCGAAAAAGUCAACAAACCUCGCUGUUACAACGACUGCAAGUUGUAUAAAUAAACAUAACACUAGUAUUAAUAGUGCUGCCCCUGUGGCAUUCAUCGCAAACCAAACUGAAAAGAGCGACACAAACGUUGAGUUUUGUGAGUGGAACUGCAGUGUAGUGUGUUGAAACCACCAACUGGAAACCGUGACUAAGUGCUAUUAGACCAAGACCUUUGUUUAUAAUUAUUUUAUAAACAAUUGCAGUGUGAAAUUUCACUUUAGAAGGCUGCAAAACGUAAAAAAGAAGCUGCCACAAAGCACACACACAGGCACACUCACUCUCCCACACACACACACACGCGCAGGCGAACGUGUGGAGACCGUGAUUUGUAUUCGUGUGGAGACUGCUCUCUCUCGCUCUUGGGGCUGCCCGAAAACAAAGUUUUGGCGCCAAAAGUUUGACAGUUCGCUUUGGCGUGCGAUUCGCAAACAAGUGGCAAGAAAACUGCGUCCCAAAACAGAGCAGAAAAACAUUGGAGGAGCCUAAGAACAGAAAUAGUCUAUAAUAUCAAGAUGGUCAGUGCCCGAGUCCUGAAUCCCGUGAUGCUGAGUGAGUUCUGCAAGAUGAGCAGCAGUCCGGCGGUGAGUCGCAAUUUGCCCUGCGGUCGCCAGUUGAAUCGCAUCAAGCGUGACCUUUUCGGCACCACCAAAUCCGCCGAGGGUUCAGCCAACAAGACACCCUUCAAUGCCGAACUGGAGCGCCACCAGGAGUUGGCCACGCAAAAGUGGGGCUUCGACUUCCGCGCCGGCUGCCCUUUAAACGAAAAAUCCUCCUUCAUCUGGGAACGCGUCAGCUUCCAGGAGUCCAGCUUCGCCCCGGAGAUGUACACCCUCACCAGGGCCGCCCACGUUCGACCCUCCGCUGAUAGCAGUCCCAGUGACAUGGAUGUUCUGGUCAACGAGCGCUCCGAGCGCGAGAACUUCGGCUCCAACCUGGUCAACUCCUCGCUGGAGUCGAACACGGAUAAUGACUCCUGCUACGACUCACAGGACGAGUCGCUCACAACGCGAUUCAGCUCCUCCAACUUGGCCAGCACCUCCUCGAUCGUCCUGCGCAAGCGACAGCCCAAAAUCACAGAGUUCAUGAAGGAGCGCAAGCGUUUGGCCCAGGCACCCAAGAAACUAUCGCCCGCAAAGCGUCUGCGCACCAGUUCUCCCAGCUCAUCCGCCAGCUCGAGCUCCAGCGGAGGAUUUGGAUUGGGGACGCACUUCGGGGCGAUGCUGAAGCGCCCGCGCCACAACUAACGCUCCAGAUUCGCUGGCCAACCCACCGAAUUGCAAUUUGUAAUUUUACAAUUGAUUUUUUAUAAGCCACUGCGAUUGUGUAGUAUUUCCUAAUUUUUUAUUACGAACCUUUUAUGCAGUGCAAGGGCGACAGUUGCGAAUAUUAAUCGUUAGUCUUCAACUACUCGUAACCAGUAAUUAGUUGUAAGCCAUCAAGUAAGCUCGAGCUACAUGAAACUUUUUAGAUUUCUCUAGUGAGAAAUGCCAUAAACUAAGUGAUUAGUUCUUAACAACAACCAACUAUUGAACUAGAAGAGAGAGAGACCGCAAGCUAAAUGGAAUUAGUCUUAACUAUCUUGAAGCCAACCGAAAUUUAACCUUUAUAACGAUGGAAUACGCUAACUUUACAUAACUUUGUAAAAUCCUUGCAAAUUUCACUGGCAACUUUUGCAUUUGAAAUUUGCCGGGUGAACACAGAACUCAUCCCUGCUCUGGCCUGCCAGUGUUUAUCCGAAAACCGAAACUCAGGGCAGAGCAGAAUUGAAUUUUGUUUUGAACUUUAAGGGCGCUAAAACGGAGCCCCAAUAAGCCGGUUUUUGGCUCAUUGCCGCCUUGUUUUUGUCGACCUACUAACCUAUUGUACCCAAUUCGACCAGUGGAAAAACAAACAAAAGGAAGAGGAAUGCCUUUGAAUUAUUUCGUCAAUUUCUGCACGUUUGGAUGCCUCAUUUAUAAGAUUGCCGCCGAAUGCACACAAAUUGUCGCGCUCUCAUUUCCUAACCAGUGGUAAAAAUGUCCUUUAUGAUUUGCUACGAUCUCUGGGCAAAUUAUGAAAACAAUUUUGCCUAAACUAUCAUGUACAAAAACUAGAUUACUUUACUAUACACAUAGGCAGAGCCUAUUCUUCAUAACACUUAUACAAAGCAUAUAUUUGUAAGGCCUAACUAAGAACAAAAUCCAAAGUAUUCUCCUAAUAUUUAUAUGUAUAGAUACUCUAUGUAUAAUUAAAUCAUACGCAACUCAUACUUCAAUAAAACAAAACACAAAACAGCGCUGAA